UGUGAUGAAAAUAACAUCCGGUUUAUCUCAGUAAUCACAUAUAAGACCAAAGACAGAGAAUGAAAAAACAAUCAAGUAAUAUUUGAUUUGUGGCUUAAGUCAAAUUAAACAUUCACUUUGAUCUGAAUAAAUUUAUUACUAUUUUUGCAUGAAAUUUAUUAUUUGUAUUGCUGAUAUUCAUGAUUGAUUAAACGAACGAUCCUUCAAUCGCUAAUAAUGGACCAAUUGUCUCUCUAUUCUAUUCUACACGGUACACCUUCAUGAAAUUGCAUUUUGAGAACCUCUGCCUUAUGAGAGCGCGCGUAUUGUAUUGUGUCACUAACUACUGCGUUCGCGCUCCGAGAGAAAAGGAGAUACUUAUCAGCACGGAUGUAACGUGGAACUACGAGUAUCGUAAACGGAGAUUAAAUUAAAUAGUUUCUGACAGUUUUCGACAUGAAGGCUGUAAUACAACGAGUGUCGAAGGCUUCAGUUUCAGUGUAAGAAAGAUACUGAAUACAAAAAUUUUUGAUGACGACAAGGGUAAAAGAUGGGCCGCAAGUGUAGCAGAUAAGAAGUACGAAAUAUUGUGUAUUAGUCAGUUCACAUUGUACCAUGUAUUGAAGGGGAAUAAGUUAGACUUUCACAGAGCGAUGCCUGCCCAAGAAUCAGAACCCUUUUAUAUGAAUUUCCUUGCUGAGCUUCGUAAAAACUAUAUCCCGGAAUUGGUCAAAGAUGCUGACUGGUGAAUUGUAACAUUUGAUAGUUUACCUUUAAUAAUCAAUAAUGGCAAUGUCUGAAGAGAAAAAGGAUCUUGUGCAAAAUGAAAAUAACAAAUUGAAAGGACAAGAUCAAGAUAAGAAGAUCGCAGAGACUAGUGCAAAAAAUACAGACGAAAUAGGAAAACUAAAAGCAGAUGAAUUGUCCAUUCAUAAAAAUGAUACAUCUAUUAUUAAUCAACGACAGACACGCGAGAGUCAAACAGAUCCUGAGGAUACAGAAACGAUAGAGCAACUAAAAAAUCAGCUGGGUAUAUUAAUGAAUCAGUUGGCCAUUCUAUCGGCAGAAAAAUCGAAAAUGGAAGCAAACUUUCAAAUGGAUAAGAAGCAAUUAAGAAGCGAACGCAACGAAUGUGAAAAAGUAAUUAAAGAUCUGAAAGACAGGUUGAAGAAGGCCCAAAAUGUUAAUCAUUCCGAAAUCGAGCAAGUAAAGUGCAAAUUAAUUAUGGAACGGCACGAGAGAGAGAAAGAACAUGCCGACCUUGUCAAAAAAAUAAAAGAAUUGCAGAAAUUACUAUAUGACGAGCAACGCAGUAAAGAACAUUUGGAAGGGCAAUUGAAGACGCAUCUUGCAAAUAAGACGCAAUGCAAGAUUCUCGAGGCCGAACUAGAAAUUACAAAGACCAAGCUUAAACAGGCUGAAGAAGCAGCGAAAGAGACACCACCGCUUCUUCUUUCUCUACAAGCCGAGAUGGCAGUAAUGAAGAAGCAACACCUGAACGCGAUUCGUGAAGAACAGAAAAGAGCUGCCGCUGCGGAACAGCAAGCGAGAGGAUCGGUUAUGAUACACGAGGCGAGAGUGGCUGGUUUGGAAGCUCGAUUAGCUGAACUUUCCGAAAUCGUUGGUGGCUAUGAUAGAUUGAGGCAACAGGACCAAUUAGCCAUUCAGAAAUUGAAGGACCAAUUGGUUGCUUUGCAGGACACCGAACACAAUGAAACUGUAACGUCAAGUAGCCAGCCAGAGGAAAUUAUUUUCAAAAUAAAGUCUCUGUAUACUCGCUUACUGGAUCUUGACAAUAAAAAGAAAGAUUCGGCCUACAUAAAAUCGUUAUUAAAUAGUUUGGAUUUGCGCGAAGAACAUUCUGAUUAUAAAGAGAAAUAUGACAUUCUUUUACAAGAAUUUGAAGAUUAUAAGCAUCAAGUAAUGUGCAAAUAUAAUGUCCCAUCUAACGCACUUCGUAAUACUCAACAACAAAGACAUAGUUUGUCUCUGAUGCACGAUAAGGAUAAUGAUAAAACUCAAUUAAACCUUCUUAAGGUUCAUAAUAGUAACUUGGAGGAAAGAAUACGUAUGAUAAAUAGUGAAAUGUUAAAUAAAGAAAGAGCUUUGCAUGAACAAUUAGAGCAUCAACAAAAGCUAUUUCAAGAAGAACAUUCAAAACUAGAGCAUACGUUGCAUCAAAAAGAUAACGAGUAUCGCAAUAGAAUAUCCAUACUAGAACAACAACUAUUGCGACAAAGAGAGAGAUCUAUGGCUCUUGUGGAGGAAAAGGAUAAAGAGAUAUUGACCCUGAAAACAUCAUUUCGCGCGCUAUUACCUAACAAGGAGACCGUUGCUACAACAGAAAAUAAUGCUCAUUUGAAGAUAUAUGAAAAUACCAUUGAGCCGACUACUGAUUUGGUAACAGGUUUGUUGACAAAUGACAGUCCUCCGAUACUGCAUUACACUCAGGAAUUGGCCAGAAAAGAAGUGCAAGUGUCAUCAUCAAGGAAAAAAAUUCUGGAGUUAGAGGCAACAUUGAGAGAGCAACAGAGAGAAAUGCUCCAUACAAAAGAACAACAACAGGAAGAGGUUAAAAAAUUGAAGGCACAUAUUACUAGGUUGGAGGCGUGCAAGUCAAGAGAAGGUGCUAAUUUAGAAUAUCUGAAGAAUGUAUUCAUAAAUUACUUGACAACCAACGAUGCAUCGAGCAAAGGGCAUAUGUUAAAUGCCAUUUCGACUGUAUUGCGUUUCACACCCGAUGAGCUGAGUAAAGUUAAACAUUAA